AUGUGGAGUCCCGAGGCGGAUACCGUCGCGUCGCCGCCGGAGCCGGACGAGUGGGUGGACUCGCCGGGGCCGGGCAGCGAGGUGUCGCGCAGCCAUUGGAUGCCGGAGGAGGCGUUCAAGCGCUGCACCAAUCCCGCGUGCGGAAAGGAGUUCACACAGCGCCGCCGCAAGCACCACUGUAGGUGCUGCGGCAACGUGUACUGCAGCAAGUGCACCGGCUACGUGCUGCCACUUAACCCGCUCAGCGCCAUGAUCGAGGCGGGAGGGGUGAAGGCCAAGGUCUGUGAGCUGUGCUACGAGCGGGCAGUGGACGAAGGGUAUGCAGAGAGCACAGGCAGCGACGGCGACGGCGAAGCAGACAGCAGUGUGGGCGGCGCACAGGGGUAUCACGGAGCAGACUCCCCUGCUGCCGCACCUGCUGACACCCACACACACGCAUCAGCUGCUAAUGCCGGCCCCUCCACUCUCUCCGACCGCCUCUCCCACGCGCGUCCCCCCUCCUCCCUAGAGGAGGACAUAUUCGGUGCCCGCCCUCGCCUGCGCGCUGCCAUGCUGCAGGACCACCGCCCGCACUCCAGCGGGGGUCGUGUUGUCUCCUCCGCCUUCCCCCGCUUCAACUCCAUUUCCGGGGCUGGUAACGCGCAUGGCAGCGGCACCGGGGGUGCUGGUGGGAGUGGGAGCAUCAGUAUUGGUGGGGUUGGCAUGGGGGGCAGGCUGCAGGGCAGUGGCGGCAGCGGGGACUUGUUUCAGCGCAGCUCCACUCUCUCUGCCUCGCAUGAGCGGGCCAUAAGGGCCCCAGGGAGUGGGCUGAGCGUGGAAGGAGGUGCAGACACCAGUGUCACCAUCAGCAGCAGUUCUACCAGCAGUUAUUCCGCCUUUGCUGGUGCUGCCAGGAGCAGCAGCAGCAGCAGCGCCGUGAGCACCAGCACGGGUGGUGAGAGCAGCAGGGGGGCAGGCGACCGCGUGCGAGUGCUGCAGCGGUAUCGCCACCUGUCAGUCUCACUGGACGAGGAGAGGGGCGCGCGUAAAGGGAGGGGCGCUGCAGCAGGCGCGUGGGCAGCCGCGGAUAGAGCAGCCGCUGCAGGCCCACAGCACCUGGACCUGGCGGGUGGGGGGGGCGUGGGGGGAACGGGAGGGGGAGGUGGGUUGGGCGGUCGAGUGCCGCUGGGUCUGCCUCCCAGGGCGGACGCGAGGCAGAAGCAGCAGCUGCAGCAACAGGGGCAGGGGGAGGGCAGCAGGGGUGGCAGCGGGGGGAGCAUGCGGGGGGGAACAGCAGGGCCAGGCAACAAGAUAGGACUGUCUCUUGACCUGCUGGCCAAGAUGAACUUUCCCUCACAGCCCUCCCCCUCCCACCCCUCUCCCUCCUACCCCUCCUCCGCGCAGCCUUCCCCCUCUCUCACAUCGGAACCUUCGUGGAAACGACCUUCCCCACUCCACUCCCCCGCCUCCGCGAUUAUGUCCCCCCAGCCCUUCUCCCCCUCCCCUGGGCGCAGCCUGGGCGCGCCAGGGGGGCCAGGGGGAGCGCGGAUGUGCUGGCAAGGCAUAGAGGAAAGAAGGGGAGGGGGGCAGUUACGGGGAGGGCUGGUUGGCGGGGUGAGUAUGGAGGAACAGGAAAGGGCGGAAAGAGAGAGGGAGGAGAGGGAGAGGGAGAGGGAGGAGAGGGAGAGGGAGGAGCGGGAGAGGGUGGAGGGGGAGCAGAGGCGGAGGGAGGAGCUAUACGAGGAGCUGGGGGCGGGGCUGCUGCUGGAAUCGCCCUCCGCGCACGUCAAGGGCCACGUGAAAAGCGUUCAGCUGCACGACCUGCUGGCCGCGUGGGAGAAGGGCGAGAGCAUUCUCGACUCCACGACCACCACAACAGUCUCCCCUCUGCCUGCCGUCUCACCGCUGCCCACCGUCGCCCCCCUCCCUGCCGGCUCACCCCUGCCCACCACGGCCUCCCCUCUCACACUCCUCGAAACCAUCUCGCACCGCAUGGGCCUUGCUCCCACCCCCCCUGCCCUCGCCACUGCUCUGGAGCAACGUGGCGAGGGCAGGGGAGAGACGGGGCACGAGGAGGCAGCGGAGGCAGCAGCAGCAGGGGGGGCGGGCAAGGGGCCAUCAGCGGAGGCGAUACAGCGCCUGCUCUGGACUGACGGCCAGCCCACUGCCGUCCCUGCUUCUGCCACUGCCGCCGCCCCUGAUACCGCUGCCGAACCUGCUGCCAGUGCUGAACCUGCAGCUACCAGUGCUGCUGCUGCAGGUGCAGGUGCAGCAGCGCCAGGGGACGCAUCUCCCCAUGGGGCAAGCAGGAGCAGGGGCGAGGCGCUGGACCAGGUGAAGCGCAGCCUCGCCGCCUCCAUGGGCGCUGCUGGGGAGGGCGGAGACGGCCGCACUGCCCGCUCUGCUGCAGCGAGCGGUGCAAGUGGCGCACCCCAGGAGCCCACCCCCCCGAAGGCCAAGCCACCUGGGUUGGUAGUGCCGGGUGCGAGUGACGGGGCAGCGCCUGCACUGUCGGCGUCGGUAGUGCGGGCAGCGCCGGCGUCGCUGCUGCAGUGGUCGCCCAGCGAUGUGCUGCACUGGCUGCACUCCUCCGUGCCCUUCCGCUCCGCCCCCGCCGCCCAGUAUGCCGCUGAUUUUGAGAAGGCGGGGGUGGAGGGGAUCACACUGGUGGGCAUGACACGUGGCCACCCUGCAUUGGCCAACAUGCGCCCCGCUGACCUGGUGGCGUUCGAGAUGGCGAGUCAGGUGGAGCGCCGGCGCGUCGUGGCGGGACACGCAGCAGGCCAGCCAGCACCAGAGCUCGGCCCUCGGCCCGCCACCGCAGUGGGAGUCGCUGGGAUGGACUCGCAGCAGCUCAGGCCUGGGCAGGCGGGACAUGCAGGGCAGGCAGGGCAGCAGCAGGCGAAGCUGGUGCCGCCGCGGCAGUUCCGUGCUCUGCAUCUGGACGGGUUCUCCUCUGCCAGCUCUCGGGCCACCACUCCAGCAGACACGCCCCACUCCACAGACUCACGCAUUCUCAACCCCAUCCCCGCUCGUCCUGCCACUGCUGCUGCUGGCAGCGGCGGUGGUGGGGGGCAGAAGAAGGGUGCGGGCAGCAGUGGCAGCGGCGGCGGGUGGCUGUUUGGGUGGAGCACUGGCGCUGCCAAGGAGAGCCCAGCCAGUGCGGAGGCGGUGGACGCAAGGGACGAGGUGGCAGCAGCAGAGGAGAGGGAACAGACCGCCAAAGCCAAGCUGUCACAUCUGGAUGCCAUGCUCAAGCGGUCGCUGCUUGUGGAAUACCUUCACACGCGCCAGCGGUGGGCGCCCAUGGGGGGAGAGGGGCCCCUACCAGUGGACGACCCUGAGGCGGAGGAUGAGUGGCUGCCACGCUUCGUUGCUCUUUCCGCCAACGAGGUCUCCUGCUAUCGCCAGGCCUCAGACCUGGACCCUGAGGUGAGCAUACCUCUGGACAGCGUGGCGGCAGCAGGGACACUGGAGGCGGGGGGCGAGGCGGGGGAGGAGGCGGAGGACUGGCUGGUGUUCCACCUCACCACGGGGUACGGGCUGCGCCUCGAGUGUGCCACUCGCAGCCGCGUCAAGCUGCAGCUGUGGCUAGCAACCAUUCACGAGGCGGUGGAGAAUCUGCUCGACUUCCUCCCGUUCAAAUGCGAUGCGUGCCAUCAGCCUUUUUGUCUGGAACACCGGUCGUACGGCGCGCACGAGUGUCCCGACGUCCACGUGAAGGACGUCACCGUCACCGUCUGCCCCAAGUGCUCCUCUAGCUUCAGGACGUCGCGAUUCGAAGACGCCGAGAGAGCCCUCGCGCGCCACAUGGGCGGUAGCGACUGCCAGGCGGCAUCGGCGGAGCGGAGGACCAAGUGCCCGGUGCGUGGCUGCCGGCAACGACUGACCACUUCGAAUCGCGCCAAGUGCAGGUCGUGCGCGAAGGACCAUUGCCUGCAGCACCGCCUCGCUUCCGACCAUCACUGCGCACACCGCGCCGCUUCGUCCGCCACGAUGCCCACACGCGCGGAGGGUAAAGGGGCGGGGCAGCGGUUUCUGGAUGCGCUGGCAAAGCGCAAUGGCGGAGAGUGUGCACAAAGCAACUCUUCGGGCUCAUCUUCGGAUAGUGCGAAAGGAUGCCUAGGCGUCUCACCAAGCGUGAAGGCCCAUUGA